AUGUUCAUGCGGGGAGGGAGCGGCCGCUCGUCAACCGGUACUAGCGGUAGCCUCAGGAGCGCCAGCCUCAGAGACAUUGACGAGGAGGCUGCGGUGGUUGUGGCCGACGACGAUGGAGGCGGCGGGAAGCUCUAUGUGGCCGUCGGGAAGGACCUCAAGGAUGACAAGUCCAAUCUCAGCGCCGAUCAGAGCCUCGGGCUCGUCGGCGGCGAUCUCAAGCCCGUCCUGCUCCAUGUCCACCAACCUGCCGACAGGAUCAUGAACGGACUAGGUUGCAAGGUUCUUGCAAGCCAGCUAGAAGAAAAGGAACUCAAAGCAUACAGGCAGAUUGAACAAGGAGAGAUGGACACACUUCUCAACACCUACGUGAACCACUGCAGGAAGAGGAAAGUACCCAAGUCAAAAGUUGCAGCCAUUGUGCAUCAACAGGCCAAACCAUUUUGCCAGAUCUUCUUCAUUUGCAAAGGGUCUGUUGGAUGCACUAGCCUCCCGAGCAAUGAAGGGUCCUCCUCAUCGAGUCUAAAGGAUUCAGACAGUUUAGAUGGGUCGCCAGUACCAGCAUCCAUUAUCAGCUACGAAGAGCAGCAAAUGUCUAUGGUGCAAAAUGGCAUGCAUAAUGAAGUGUUUGAGCAUCUACAGCAAGCUCGCACUGAGCUAGAACGAUCAAGAAAGGAAGCAUGUGAGGGCCGACAAAAAGCAGAAAGGGACCUGUUUGAAGCUUCCAUGAAGUCCAAAGCACGGCAGAAUUCACUCUGCAAAGAAAAAAAGGAGGUAGAGGAAAAACUGACCAAAGAAAAGUCUAUUCUUGAAAAGGAGAAGUUGCAGAUAUACAAUGAGCUACAGAAGGCAAACGAGCAAAGGGCACAACUGGAUAAUAAGCUUCUCCAGACCAACUCUCUUUUGGAAGAGCUCCAGCAGCUGCAAGGAGAGCUGCAGCGUGAGAAAGAAGACGCUCUACGAGAGGUUGAAGAGAUGCGCAAACUAUAUAGCAACAGAAAUUUUGCCUCUGCCGGUGAAGUUUCCUUGACAGAGUUUAGCUAUAGGAGAUUGGACAAGGUGGAUGUGCUAGUGUCUACAGGGGUUUUUCUCCGUCAGACCACUGUGGCCAUAAAGAAAUUCAACCGAGAAGGCGCAGUAGGAGAGAAAGAGUUCAACGAUGAGGUGGAGAUUCUAUGUAGGAUGAGACAUCCGAACCUUGUCACUCUCAUUGGAGUGUGCAGAUAUCCCAAGGUGCUGGUUUAUGAAUUCAUGCCAAACGGAAGCCUAGAGGACCGCCUCCAGUGCAAGCUACACACUGACCCACUCCCAUGGAGAAUGCGCGUCAGAAUUGCUGCCGACAUCUGCACAGCGCUCAUCUUCCUCCACUCCAACAAACUAAAAAGCAUCGCCCAUGGUGAUCUGAAGCCUGACAACGUCCUCCUUGAUGCUAACUUUGUAGGCAAGCUGGGGGACUUUGGAAUUUCUCGCUCCUUAGACCUGACAAACACCACUGUCACCCCUUACCACAGAACGGACCACAUAAAAGACACAUUGGGGUACAUGGAUCCAGGGUAUAUGCUUUCUGGGGAGCUUACAGCGCAGUACGAUGUCUACUCCUUUGGAGUUGUGCUGCUGCGUUUGCUAACAGGCAAGAGCCCACUUGGCCUUCAGAGUGAGGUGGAGGCAUCCAUGAGCAGUGGUGUCUUGCAUGAGAUACUUGAUGCCUCUGCAGGGGAAUGGCCUCUUGAGCACGCCGAGGAGUUGGCAAGACUAGCUCUGAAAUGCUGUCGGUUAAACAGAAAGGACCGCCCUGAUCUUGCAAAAGAGGCAUGGGGUAUCCUGCAAGCUAUGAUGAAUGAGCCGCCACCUUCUUCAAUGCAUCCUCCGGAGGCAGAUGAACCAUCAUAUUUCGUCUGCCCAAUGACACAGAUCAGUUGCAAUUGUAGAAGCUGA